GAUGGGUAAAUCUGCCUUGUGUGCAUUUUAUCGAAAAAAGUCAAGUUCUGUUUACGAGCUUUUAAGUAAUUAUAAUAUUUUUAGUGUAUUUUACUUUAUUUCCUCUUUGUUGUACAAUAUUCAAUUAGGAAAGUGAUUCGAAUACGAUUAAAUAAAAAGUUCAUUAAAGCGAAAACAGGAUGCUUCGUUACGGAACAGAAAACGUUCCGCUUAUACCGAGAAUAAAGAAACAAUGGAUUCCAAGUCGAGUUUUAAUUUGCGUGAUGAUGUUCACGGCCUGUUGGACCAGUUAUAUGUGCCGUCUCCAAAUGCCGAUCCUCGUUGUGCCAAUGAUCAAAGGCGUAGCAAGUAAUGGUACGGCAGGCAUCUGUAGAUCUGAGGUAUCCCGAGUUCGUCGUGCGAUCUCCUGGUUGGAUCCCGGUGCCUACCUGGAAGACUAUAUCUUGUCAGAGAGGAUUGAAGCUGCUGAAGCUGCAGUGAAUCCGAAGAUGCACAAUAUUCGGGUACGCAGGGACGAUACGUCAACUCGACCACCAGGCCUGCAGCUAUUCAAUGGUCUACCUUUUGACUGGACGCCUGACAUACGUGGCCAAUUGAUCGCUGCAUAUAGUUAUGGAAAUGUUCCCGGCAAUUUCAUAGGAGGCCUAAUGACCAUUAAAUGGGGAGCUAAGAACGCGAUUCUCUGGACAUCUAUAGUAGCUGCUGCAGUGUCACUGAUGAGCCCGGUCUUUGCGCAAAUUCAUUGGAGCAUUCUUCUAAUUUCUAGAAUAGUCAUCGGCAUAACUGGUGGAGUAACUUUUCCAGCGUGUCACAAUUUAGUGGCACGAUGGUCCCCGCCAAGCGAGAAGGCUCGUUUCGUUUGGUCUUUGCUUGGUGGUACGUUCGGUACCAUUUUAACUUAUCCUAUGGUUGCCGGAAUCGCAGAAAGCAUGACUUGGGAAAGCGGAUGGUACAUUCCGUCGUUGCUAAUGUUCGUUUGGAUAUUCUUCUGGGCUAUUUUAACUUAUGAUUCGCCUGAAGAGCAUCCUGGUAUCACAGACGAAGAAAAGGAAUACAUUCUAUCAUCUCAGGCAGGCACCGUAACAAGCAAGAAACCUUCGUUGAAAGACACACCAAUCAAGGCGAUAUUUACUUCAAUACCGUUCAUCAGCUUAGUAUGCUGUCACUUCGGGAAUCUAUUUCUUCUGUUCUUCUAUCAGAAUUCGAUGAUGCUUUAUCUUACAAAAGCUUUAGGAUUCGAAUUGACAAAAGGAGGCAUCGCUGCUGGUUUACCUUGGGCUUGUAGAAUGCUCUUUGGGUUCUUUUUCAGCUGGGCCGGUGAUACGCUACAGCAGAGAGAAAUGUUCCCUAUUACUGUUAUCCGAAAAGGCGCUACAGUGUUCUCUCAUUUAGUUCCUGGUAUCUUCCUUAUUCUGGUCGGUUAUGUUGGAUGCAGAUUUAUUCUUGCAAAUAUUUUUCUCGUGCUGGCGUUGGGUUUUAAUGGGGCAGCGAGUAUCUCAAAUCUGUCCAACAAUCAGGAUCUCUCGCCAAAUUUCGCUGGCUUUAUGUACGGUAUUAUGAAUACAAUCGGUUGUACUUCCGGCAUAAUUAUUUCUCCUAUGGUCGAGGAAAUAGCUGGAAAAUAUGGAAAUCCUAUCGACAGGUGGCAAACGUUAUUUUGGAUUGGUUCAGCGGUAUGCAUAUUUUGCAUGAUCAUUUUUCUAUUUGGAGGAAGUGGAAACAUCCAAAGUUGGAAUGAAAUUCCGAAGACUGGAGAUGAUGCAGAAGGCGGAAGAAAGUGAUUGUUUUUGAAACUUUUAUUAACGUUAGACAUUUUUGUGGCGCGAAGGUGAUUCAGAACAAGCAUUAGACUAAGAAAUUACAAGUUACACGUUAAACUUUCUUUGUAGUAGGAACUACGAUCGCGUUUUAUAUCUUUGACACAUAGAUAGAUAAACUAAAUUGUUAUGAG